AUGGCUUCAAAGCUUGAAGUUGGGUUAAGUCAGGGAAGGUCAUAUCGUAGGCAAUUGUUUGAUGAGAUAUUUGAUUUUAGUGAAAAUGACAGUUUGUUCACUGAAGAUGUGGUGGAGGAUGAAUCAACUGGUGAUCAAGAUAUGAACGAAGGAGGCAUUAGAGCAGUAGCAAACACUAAUGCUAUUCAAGAAGGUCCUCUAACAGGGAUGUUAUUUCCUUGUAUCAGCACUAUGUUCAACUUCUAUAAAGAACAUGCUAGAUUAAAAGGUUUUAGUGUUUUCAAAAGAUCAACAGUUAAUAUACGGGGUGGAUCUCGUAAAUAUCAAACAAUUAGUUGCGAUAAAGGAAGGAAAGCAAUUGGUGCGAAAUCAUCAAAAAGGAUAAAUUGUCCUGCAAAGAUUAAUGCAAUCCUAAGAGAAAAUGGAAUGUGGCAGAUUUCAAAAGUUAUUUCAAGUCACAAUCACGAAUUGGAACCUUCUAUGUCUAGAUUAAUGGUUGCUCACAGGUCACUGAAUAUGGAUAUGAAGAGGAGAUUGGAGGCAAACGAUAUAGCUGGCAUAAGACCCGCAAAAAGCAUUAGGUUGCUUGAAGUUCAAGCAGGUGGACCAGAAAAUUUAAGCUGUUUGUCAAAGGAUUGUCAAAACUUCAUUGAGCGAAAGAGGAGGCUACGACUUGGUGAUGGUAAUGCUGAGGCUAUACGUAAGUUGUUUAUGAGAAUGCAACGAAACGAUCCUGAGUUUUUCUAUUCAUUUGAUCUUGAUGAUGAUUCCAGGCUUUCAAAUGUUCUAUGGGUUCAUCCUCGUAGUCGAGCUGCUUACGAGGAAUUCAAUGACGUUGUUAGUUUUGACACUACUUACCUUGUUAAUCAAUACAAGUUGCCAUUUGCCACCAUUGUUGGAGUAAAUCAUCAUGGGCAAUCUAUUUUAUUAGGAUGCGCCUUGAUCUCACAUGAAGAUGUAAACACUUUUAAGUGGUUAUUCAUAACGUGGCUUGAAGCAAUGGAAGAUGUUCAUCCUAAUUCUAUUCUUACAGAUCAAUGCGAGAGCAUGAGGAAAGCCAUUAGGUAG